AUGCGGAAACCAUCGAUGCUUCACUACAUCCUAAAUACUACGAACUGUCGCCCGUUCAUAGAAGUGGAGCACGACCCAUCGCUCGACUUCUGGGUGGUGCUCACCUUUGCCAUCUUGUACUCCACAAUGUUCGUGCUCGGCCUGGCCGGCAACGUGUCGGUCAUCUACUGCACGCUGCGGAAUCAACGGUUGCAAUCCGUACAGAAUCUCUUCAUCCUCAACCUCUCGGUAGCUGAUCUGGCCAUCUGCGUCUUUUCUCUGCCCUUAACACCCAUCACGAACAUCCUUAAAAAUUGGCUAUUUGGCGCCGAGAUGUGCCAUGGUCUGCCGUGGAUUCAGGGCGUGACCAUCUUCAUCGCGACGUUCAGCCUGACGGCAAUUGCCAUCGAUCGAUACUACAUGAUAUUAAAGCCGCACACGCCCGUCAGGAAAAAUUUCGCGAAACCGGUGAUGUUCGUCAUCUGGAUCCUGUCGGCCAUUUUCACCCUACCGUACGCCACGUAUAUGCAGGUUGACAAGGCCGAAGACUACUGUGGCUAUUUUUGCACGGAGGCCUGGCCGAAUCCGGAGCUCCAGAAGAUCUAUACUGUUUUCGUCCUGUUCACCCAGUACAUCGUCCCGUUCUCGGUGAUCUUCUUCUGCUACUACCGUAUCUUUGUGCAGCUGCGGAUGCGAACGCAGGAAAAGAUACGAAAAUACAACGAGCGCUCGCUGGUGCUCUUCGCUUCAGCGGGGAUCAUGAGCGCCGUCGGGCACUCGAUUCACGGAAAAGACAUUCUUGCACAGAUCUCCAAAAAGUCGUUCCUGAUCGCGAGGGCGCGCAAAAACACGAUCCUGCUCGUGUCGAUGGUGUUUGUGUUCGGCUUCUGCUGGCUGCCCCAACAUAUCGUGGCCAUGAUCAUCGACACGCAGGGCGGCGUCGUGCUCGAUCGAUACGGCCGAAACUGGAACUACGUGAUCAGCCUGGCGACGCAUUGCCUUGCGAUGACGUCAACGGUGAUCAACCCGCUGCUCUACGGCCUCCUCAACCCCGAAUUCUUCUCGAUCAUCAAGAAAACAUGUUCCGACUUUAAGCUAAACCUUCGAAAAAUGUCGUCCAAGAAGCAAAUCACCGCCUACUUCACCGAUUUCCACGCGGGCGAGAGCGGCGAUUCGAUGAUCGUGUGCGGGCCGCCGAAGAGUGGACGUCGUUCGGCGAUUACACAGGCCUGGGAAGAAGCCAGCCAAUCGUGCUCCAAGCUGAAGCUCCAGUUCAUCGAUGGCCACGAGGCGGACAUGCGCAACAACACAGAGUUCCUGGGUCGCAUCGACGACGCGAAGAAGGCCGCCAAAAAUAAGGUCAUCUUGGUGGUUAGAGGCGCUGACGCGCUCGUGAAAUCGAAUGAAAGCCUCCUGUACGCGCUGCUCGACCUCAGCCGCUCGGGGCGCAACUUUUUCAUCGUGCUCGUCGUCUGCCACCAGGAUUUCAUCAUGAGCGUCGAGAAGCGCAUCCGGUCGCGCCUUUCGUCGAAGAAGGUCAACUUCCCGGGGAGGCAACAAGCGUUGCAGGAGUUUUUGAAGAACUACGAGAAGCUUCUGGCGGCCGAUCCAGUGUUGGGGAAGCUAAAAGCGCUGAAGAGCGACCCGAAAAUUGUGGCGCUACUUGAGGAUUGUCAUAACUGCACAUCCUUCUAUCGCCUCAAACGCGCGCUAGCAUUACUCCGAGCGGAAUUACUCGAAAACGAGGACCCAACGCAAAAGGCCCUCAUCGCGGCGGCUUGCUACUGGCUGAAGCUGACGAAUGGGUGGGAUGACGAGCUGCUGCAACAGUUGGAAGGUCUCCCGCGCCAGGCUACCGCACUACUGCUGUGUGCUGUCCGGCGGGCAAACGCCAAGGGCUACGAGGCGCCCAUCACCUAUCAGCGCAUUGUCAAAGAUUACCUCCUGAUGGCCAACACGGUCAACAACACAUUCCGCGACACGUCGGACGGGUUUUUGCUGUACAAGGAGCUCGAUCGACUCAACGAGAUGCGCCUGAUCAUCGUGUGCGACCGGAAGGCGGUGAUGCUUCAUAACAAACAAUUCGUGCUGGCCUGCUCAACGGAGACGCUGCUCCAAGAAAUUCAGCACCUAGACUUCCCGGCCGACGUCGUCCGCUGGGCCAGCGAGGAGCCGUUAGCCGAU